UAAAGAUAGAACACUCUGUCUGUGAAUCAAUUCCAAGAAUCGCCAACUCAUCAUGAUUCCGUUUGCAAAAAUACACCGAAUACCUACUCGUCCAAUCGAAUUAACAAUGCCUAUUGCCCAUCAUUGCCAAAACCACCAUACGUACCUUUAGGUAGGCGAGCCGACUGAUACGAAAAACACCAAGGCCAAACCAAAAGACAUAUCUCUUUCGCAGAUCGAAAAGUUGUGCGUGCUCAGGCCUCUUUCAACAUUCUUCCCGUCUGCCUUUCCUAAAGCUGGCAUAAAGAAACUGAAAUUAUUAGAAAACUACAAAUGAACGUGCAAAAUCAGUGGCGGGCGAUUCAGCGUGGCGUGCAGUUCGAUCGUGGCAAAGCAAGGCGCGGAGGAAACGUCAGAAAAAUCGAAUUUCCAUGACGGCAGUCGAGGCUGAGGCGGCGCGGCGGCUACACCGCCGAGACAGCGCCCGCGCGCGGGCCCUAGCACCCCACUGUACGCGCCGCACGCCGACGCAGCCACUCGCUCACGUACAACUUUUAAAAACGACCAGUGCUCAAAGUGUCCUAACCCAAAAUCAAAUGGUACACGGUGGGCUAAUUAAGGAUUAUGGGUUUGGCUGCGACCCGAACACGGGUCACUUUGUCGCCCGACCGCAUAAAUUCGUGCUCGUUUGUUUCUUUAUUAAAAGAAUCCAACAGUAUGUUCUUCGGGAAAGUGUUGAUGAUUAAAGUGACAAAAGUGGGCCGGCCAUGAAACAGCGACACCUAACGCCGAGUAGCGUCCGAUGGAUGGUGUCCAAGAGCCAGAGACUGCGACUAGAUGUGCGGAACGAAACAUGAAAGGCAGUGAAUAAACAUAAACAAUUGACUGUUCAAUACUAAACGCCAAAUUGCGCUUGCUUCCAUUAAUUUUCUCACGUUAAACAUAUCGGUAUUUUAAGAUAACGACCACUAUCGUAACUAAAUCGUUCAAUUAGCUAUACAACUUAAUAUAGUUUUGCCUUUCUCGUGCCUAUCUUUAUCCAAUUCUAAAGCGUUCUAAGUGAGAAAUCGGAAUAAUUAUUCUGUGAUGGGACUAUAAGAGUGAUAUCGACGUUCGAAGUGUAAAUAAGUAGAUAUUUCUUAAUCUAUUUAUAUUUAAAAAGUAAACUAAAUUAGAUGAGAAUAGUAUAGACGCGCUAGUCGUAGAUUUAAUAAACUUGCUCGAGAUUAAUUCAAUAAUUUAAACAAACUUAAACUAAGUGAACUACAAAGCAAUAAAACAAGUGAAGUGUGAAUCCGUGCGUCUAAAAGCCGUUGGCUAGAUUUUCUGCUCUCGCGCACCGUAGCCACAAAACUGGCAGGUAUGCAGGCAGCUCUUAUGCUAAGGAGCAAAUCGCGGGAGAGAAGAAAACAGCGCCUCAAGAGAGGGAUCAAGCAUGACCUGCCGAGUAACAUUGCUACCAAGUCCAUCGCUCCUUUCCCGAGAUAUCCACCGGCCUCAUGGUGCGCAGCCGGGCGUGCGGCAUGGCAGGAGGCGGCGGCAUUGUCAGUGGGCGGCGGCGGCGCGGGCGCGGGCGGCGCAGCGCGUCGCUGCUCCGUGCUCGGCGACCACCCCGGCGCGCGCCGCGACCAACGCGGCAAGUGGCACAGGAACAACCGGGUUCGAGACGCAUCAUACGGCUCGUCAUCGGACUCUGACGGCGAGGCCGAGGGUGGUCACGGGGAUACGUGGGGCGUCGCGCGGCUGCUGUACGCAGGCCUCGGGACGCUCGCUGUCGGCCUCGUCGUUUAUUUCGUCGGCACUGGUGACAAGGGGUUCAAAACGCCGGCUCUGCGGCUGGUGGGUCCAUCGCUCAUCAUCGCCGGACUGGCGUGUUGCCUGUUGCGCAUCGCCUUCUGUAUAUUCGCCAAGCCCUGCUGCCGACGGCGGACCAACUACAAGGAGAGCAGAAGGUACGAGAAACUGUCCGGAGGAGAAGGCGAGGAGAUGCCGCUGGCGGGCGGCGCGAGCGCGCGGGCGGGCCCGGCGCAGUGCUCGCCCGCGCGGCGGCUGGACGCGUCCUCCUGCGACGUGUCCAGCCUCUCCAGCGGCGAGGAGGACGAGAGGCUGCGCCGGUAUCGUACUGCGUCUGCCCCGCCGCCGGUGCCGCACGCGCCGCCCGCGCCGCUCCCGCCGGCCCCUCCCCCCGUCUCCGCGCAGCCCGCGCCCCCCUCCCGCCGCCCGCCGCCGCGAAACGUCUCCUUCGCCGGUCCCAACAACGAGGGCGAGCUCGUACUCAGCCCCGCUCAGCUGCGAUCCUAGCCCAGCAAUAAACGUGACUCUAAAGGCAAUGACGUGAAGUGAACUUUCUAUUCCAUUAAGCUACGAAUUGUUGAUUAUUUGCACGUUUGAAUAUAUUAUUGCAAGCUCCUAUCUAUAAUCGUAACUAAUUGUAAGUCUGUUUUGCUAGUUUUUAUUUGUUAUAGAUAU